UGUUGUUAUAUAUAUGCAAAAACACAAAGGAAGAAUUCAAAAGAAAAACUAACAUGGGUCUUCAAGAGCUCAUGCUACUAGUCAUGAUCCUCUUCUCGUUUUGUUCUCCUGCAACAUGUGCUUUACUUGGCAAGAACUUGAUUCCAGGGAAUAUGCACGAAAAGACGGUAAACCAAAUCAAGUAUACAACUGUUGUUAGAGGAAGCGGAGGUGGUGGACGAUCAACAGGAGAUGGCGGAAAUGAGAAUGGAAAUGGCGAUGAGCCCAACUCCUCCCAACAAGGAGGCGGCAAUGGGGUGGUUCCCGUAUACGCUGCUGGUGCGGCAAAUCAACGUCGAAACCACAAAAAUGGUGCUACAACUCAUACCAUGUGCUUAAGAAGGGGAAUUGCAACACUUGUAGUCAUAUCAACCUCUCUAUUUAUGUACAUUCCUAUGUAGAAUGCAAGAAUGAAGAUAAAAUAAAACAUGUAUUAUUAAUAAGAAAGUUUGUACAUAAAACUAGGGUACAUAUUAGUGUACAAUUUUUAAUGUCAAUUUAUUAUUUUACUAAGAUA